AUGAACUAUUUUCCUCCUUCGUAGAAAAAUAUAGAUACAAAAGACCUAGAUAGUUAUAAGUAAAUGAAUCAGUUCAAAUAGGAAUAUAAUAAGAUGAGAAUCCAACAUAAAAUAUUGUGAAUUAAAAUUAAUUUAGAGUAUAAUUCUCUAAUUGUUAAGAAAUCCAAGAUAUUGGUGAAAGUAUUGUAUUUUAAUAAUCAUAAUUUCUUAAAAUGAUUAAUGAAUUGAACAAAAAUGGGGAUGUUAUAAAAUUGGAUAUGAAAGCAGAAGAAUUUAAUAAUAUUUUUGCUUUUAUGAUUUAAGUUAAGGAUAUUUUAAAAGGCCAAGAACAUUAAAUUAACAUUAACAUAGAAAAGUAAUAAUGAAAUCAAAUUUAGUAUUAAAACUUCAGAAUAAUUUAAAGACUUAUUCAAAGAUAUGUCAGAGAAAUAAGUCUUACCAUUGCUUUCAUUAGCAGAAUACUUAGAUAUACCUAAUCUAAUAAUUUUAUUGGCAGCAUAAUAUAGUUCUUUAAUCAAAGGUAUUUGAUAUUUUAAUUUCACAGACCAGCCAGCAAGCAUAAACAAUUGGAAUUAUUGA